AUGGUCUGCAAGACAAGUGGACACAAACCGAAGGACUGUUCAUCGUUCAAAUCCAAAUCGCUGGAAAAUCGUUGGAAGAUCGCACAGGAGUUACACCUCUGUAGAAGAUGUCUCUACCCGCACGGAAAGUGGCCCUGCAAGGCGCCCAUGUGUGGGACAGACGGCUGUGGACAACGGCAUCACAGACUUCUUCAUCCCGGCAAUCCAGUGGAAGAACGACAGCCUGCUGCAGCUUCUAACUCUGUCUCAGGAGUAGUCAACGUACACCAACACUGCCACAACAAGGUUCUGUUCCGAAUCGUCCCAGUGGAGUUACACGCCAACGGGAGAUCCGUCCAAACGUUUGCCUUCCUCGAUGGUGGGUCCGACACAACAUUGGUGGAGAAGUCACUGGUUGAACAGCUCGCCCUACAUGGACCUGUAUCACCACUGUGCAUGCAGUGGACUAACGGAGUCAAGAGAAUGGAGGAAGAUUCGAUGAAAGUGCAGGUCCAGAUUUCCGGUGUAGGACAACGCAAACAGUUCCAACUGAGAGGUGUGCAGACCGUGGAGAGUUUGGAUCUUCCUCGGCAGUCUUUGCACUUCAAGGAACUAGAGCAGUGGUCCUCAGGCGUACUAUCUACGCGGGCCACAAUUGAAGUUCACAAGAAGGCUGCGGGCCGCAAGGCAUUUAAAAAUUAUUUUGAUAAAAUUUUAAUAGAAGGUUUAACUUCGAUAUCGCGGGCCGCACUAAACCUUCUCAAGGGCCGCAUGUGGCCCGCGGGCCGCAGUUUGGUGACCACUGAACUAGAGGAUCGCUUCGAUUAUCUACGGGGACUUCCAGUUCGGAGCUACGACAAUAUCGUUCCAGGGAUUCUGAUCGGUCUGGAUAACACCAGUGUGAAGAACUCGCUCAAACAACGCGAAGGGAAGGAAGUCAAACACUUUUACGCGACACCUUUCCUGCGGCACUUCAACUUUGGAAUUUUGAACUGCCACGACGACGAUCUUGAUGGCUUGAUCAAGCAGUUCUUUUCGACGGAGAGCGUAGGCGUGUCUGUUGUGAAACCGGUAGAAUCGGCAGACGAUCAACGGGCACGAAAAAUUCUGGAAGCGACGACGGUACGGACUCCUUCCGGUCGAUACCAGACCGGCCUGCUUUGGAAGUACGACGACUUCGUAUUUCCCAAAAGCCGUCCGAUGGCUGAGCGGCGCCUGAAAUGUCUGGAAAGGCGCCUGUCCAAGUCACCGGAGCUGUACACCAAAAUGAGGCAGCAGUUAGCUGAUUACCAGACGAAAGGCUACGCACAUCGAGCUUCGCAGCAAGAACUGGAAGAGUCUGAUCCUAAUCGCAUCUGGUAUUUGCCCUUGGGUAUCGUUGUGAAUCCCCGGAAGCCAGAGAAAUUGCGAAUCAUCUGGGAUGCGGCUGCUGUCGUACAAGGAGUAUCGUUUAACUCGGCUCUACUGAAAGGUCCAGAUUUGUUGGUGCCUCUUCAAGCGGUGCUCUGCCGCUACCGUCAGAAGGAAAUUGCGAUCAGCGCCGAUAUUAUGGAGAUGUUUCAUCAGGUGGAGGUGAGGCCCGAGGAUCGACAAGCACAGAGGUUUCUGUGGCGUGACAAACCGGAGGACCCAAUACAAGUGUUUGUGAUGGACGUAGUCAUAUUCGGUUCAACUUGCUCACCAUGCUCUACACAAUUUGCCAAGAAUUUAAACGCAAUGGAACAUUCGAUUGAACUCCCAGAAGCAGCUGCGGCAAUAACAGAGAACCACUAUGUCGACGACUAUCUGGAUAGCGUCGACAGCGUCGACGAAGCGGUUCAGUUAGCAUCGAAUGUACGAACAGUGCACGCUCGAGGAGGCUUCCAGAUACGACAUUGGAUGUCCAACUCGCCCGAAGUGUUGCGGCGCAUCGGAGAGCAAAAUUCGCAAGAAGUUAAAAGCUUUGUGAUGGAUAAGGACGGUCAGCAAGAACGCAUCCUGGGAAUGGUCUGGCUACCAAGCGAAGACGUGUUUUCUUAUACGACCAGCUUCCGAAGAGAUUUGGAGCGCCUGUUCGACGCAGCGGUUACUCCCACCAAACGAGAGGUGUUAAGACUGGUAAUGAGUCUGUUUGACCCGUUAGGUCUCGUCGCAUCCUUUGUCAUCGAAGGGAAAGUCAUCAUCCAGGAGGUUUGGAGAUCGAAGGUCGGCUGGGAUGAGCAAAUUCCCGGCGAAAUACUUCCACGUUGGCAGCGAUGGUUGGAGAUACUUCGGUCGCUGGACAAAGUGAAGAUCCCGCGGUGCUAUUUCCCCGGAUACAGCCAAGAAGCCUACGAAUCGUUGGAGUUGCACGUGUUCGUAGACGCAAGCGAAAGCGCGUUCGCGGCCGCUGCUUACUUCAGAGUUGUGGACAACGGAACAAUCCGGUGCUGUUUGGUUAGUGCAAAGACCAAAGUAGCUCCUUUGCAGUCGAUUGGGAUACCUCGUCUGGAACUUCAGGCAGCAACGAUUGGAACGCGACUGAUGAUGACUGUCACUGAAAACCACACCAUUCCGAUCAAGCGAAGAGUGAUGUGGAGCGAUUCCAAAACGGUACUCGCCUGGCUUCGAUCAGACCAUAGGAGAUAUCGGCAGUUUGUAGCAUUCCGGAUUACGGAGAUCCUCGAAGAUACGAACGUUGCAGAUUGGAGAUGGGUGCCAACCAAGCUAAACGUGGCGGACGAAGCCACAAAAUGGGGAAAGGGUCCCAACUACCACGAGAACUGCAGGUGGUUCAACGGUCCUGCAUUCCUAUACGAGGACGAGACUAAAUGGCCUGAAGAAGAUUCGGCGCAGGAGGAGCAUUCGACUGAAGAGCUGCGGAACGUCCGUAUUCAUGUUCAGCACACGGCUGAGCCCGUUGUACCGUUCCAGCGGUUUUCCAAAUGGGAGAGGCUGGUGAGAGCAAUCGCAUAUGUACGCCGUUUCUACCAGAAUUGUCAACACAAAAGGAAUGGCUCGGCGAUCACCACGGGAUUUCUAUCAUGCGAAGAGCUGAAUGCAGCAGAGUAUCUGGUAUGGAAGCUAGUGCAACAAGAAGUAUUCCCAGCGGAAUUCGACGUUCUACGGAGCAACCUGCACGAGCCAUCGGAUCAACGGGAAGCGGUAGAAAAGAGCAGCAGCAUCUACAAGCUAGCGCCAUUCCUGGGCGAAGGAGAAGUAAUACGGAAGGACAGUCGAAUCAAAGCCUCGCCUUACGUUUCGUACAACACGAAAUUUCCAAUCAUCGUACCCAAGCAGCACUACGUGACGCAUCUCCUGGUCAAUUGGUAUCACCGGCAAUACGGUCACGCAAACGGAGAAACGGUGGUGAACGAAAUUCGGCAGAAGUACCACAUACCGAAGCUUCGAGUUAUCGUACGGAAGACUGCGAAAUGCUGCACCUGGUGUUCGGUGUACCGAUGUGUACCACAAGUACCGAGAAUGGGUCCAUUACCGAUAGCACGGCUCACGCCAUACGUUCGAGCUUUCACGUUUGUAGGUCUGGAUUACUUUGGACCCCUUACUGUUCGCGUCGGACGGGCCAGUGCAAAGCGAUGGGUAGCCCUAUUCACUUGCCUGACUACUAGGGCAAUACAUCUGGAAGUUGCGACAUCGUUGUCAACCGAGUGUUGCAUUCAGGCAAUUCGUAGGUUCAUCGCACGUAGAGGAGCUCCCCAGGAGGUGUACUCCGACCAAGGAACCAAUUUCCAAGGCGUGAGCAGCGAACUUGCCAGACAAAUACGGUCGAUCAACGGAACACUGGCGGCUACCAUCACCAACUACCGGACCCAAUGGAAGUUUAAGCCGCCGUACGCUCCUCACAUGGGGGGCGUAUGGGAGAGACUUGUACGCUCCGUAAAGCGUGCUCUCAGCAGUCUACUGACCGAUCGCAAUCCAGACGAUGAGACGUUGGCUACAGCACUUGCGGAGGUAGAAUCCUUGGUCAAUUCGCGCCCUCUGACCUAUCUACCGCUAGAGAGCGAGGAGCACGAAGCCUUGACGCCGAACCAUUUUUUGCUCCUAAGCUCCAGCGGAGUAGUUCAGCCAGCCACGAAGCCGACGCAUGAUGCAGAAGCCCUGCGUUCCAAUUGGGGCAUGAUCAAGGUUAUGCUCGACAACUUCUGGAGAAGGUGGCUCCGAGAGUAUCUCCCGGUUAUGUCACCGCAGUCCAAAUGGUUCGAAGAGGUGCGGAAUGUCCAGGUCGGUGACCUGGUGAUGAUUGCCAACGAGAAGGAAAGGAACAGCUGGACACGCGGAAGAAUCCGUCAAGUAUACCCAGGAAGGGAUGGGCGAGUCCGCAAAGUCGACGUGCAGACUACAGCGGGUAUCCAGCAACGUCCAGUGUCUAAGAUAGCAGUACUCAAUGUCGCUGAAUAUUUUGGUAUAGCUGAAGGUUUUGGCAGCAAUACGGUCGGGGGUAUGUGCGCGACGGAACCCGAGGCGUUCAGUACCACCCUUACAUCCACUGAACGUGAUACUCGGGACAGAGUGGAAACCAACGCUGUCAACUAA